CUAGGUGAGUGCAGCAACAAGGAAUGUCCGUUUUUACACAUCGACCCAGAAUCGAAGAUAAAAGAUUGCCCUUGGUAUGAUCGAGGUUUCUGUAAACAUGGUCCUUUGUGCAGACAUCGGCAUACACGCAGAGUUAUAUGUGUCAACUAUUUGGUGGGAUUUUGUCCAGAAGGCCCUGGCUGUAAAUUUAUGCACCCACGGUUUGAACUACCUAUGGGAGCGACUGAACAACCUCCUCUACCUCAGCAAACACAGCACCAGCAAAAGCAAAAUAAUAUCCAGGCGUCACAGAGAUCGUCCUCUCUUAUACAGUUAACAAGUCAGAACUCACCAGGUCAACGAUCUCCACAGACAAUAGGAGUCAUGCAAACACAGAGCAACAAUACCGGAAACCGGGGACCUAGGCCACUUGAUCAGGUCACCUGCUAUAAGUGUGGCGAGAAAGGACAUUAUGCCAACAGAUGUACAAAAGGCCAUUUGGCAUUUUUAAGUGGCCAGUGA